AUGGAGCCGUUGAUCGAGAUACGAAGCAGAUUGAGGAAGUCGAGCCAGGAUCUUUUACAGUUGAAGUUGUAUCAGAGCGCGCGAUGGUCUUCGGAAGCGCUGAUAGGAAUGUGUGAGGGAGGGGUAGAAGACACGACGGCGGAUGAGGGAUCACCGCUGCGGAACCGGCGUGGCAAGGGCGACACAGGGAUACAGGUAUCUAUGGACAGUGAACCGUUCGGUGAGAGGCAAUACGAUUUGUUUCUCCUUGCGUCGAGCUUGUUUGACUGCAAAGAGUACGACCGAUGUGCGUACUUCCUCCGGAACGAGAAGCAUCCGCGGUUGAAGUUCCUCCGGCUCUAUAGCCGGUUCAUGUCAUGGGACAAGAAGACGCAGGAGUCGAGCUCCGAUGUGCUCACGAAGCCGGCGGACAUUGCGCAGAAGGACCCAGGGGUUGGUACGAACGUCGUGGACUGGAUCGACGAGCGCAACGUGGACACACGCAAGGAGGCGAACAUUCAGUCGCAGAUGGUGGUUGACUUGGGGACUGGAGAGAAGAUCAGCAUCACUUUGAUUUUGCGGGAGCUAGAGCUAUACCUUGUGGAGCAGCUGGCGAACUCCAAGGAGCCCGCGGACGUGGGCUAUGCAUUGUUAUAUUAUCUCCGCGGUAUCUUGGAGAAGAAACAGGGCCUAGCGAGUGAGGCGAUAAAAUCCUUCGUGAGGUCUCUGGAGUUGUACCCUUACAACUGGACGUGUUGGUGCGAGUUGGCGACGUGCAUUACGCGCACGGACGAGUCUCUUCUACUUGUCAAGCAUCUCCGGGACUUGUUCCCAGCCAAUGGUGAGCGCGGAGACAACGCAGUGAUGUUGCGUUUCUUCAAGAUUUCGAUUUUCAAAGACUUUGGAGGCGACUUUGACCACUUCAUGGACGAGCUAGACUAUCUCAUGGGUCUUUUCCCCAACUUCUCCUUCUUGAAAUCCGAGCUUGCCUUAUUGAACUACCACUACAUGGAUUAUGUGAACGCAGAGCUUAUCUUUGACGAAAUAGUCAAGCUAGACCCCUACCGUUUGGAUGACUUGGACAUAUACUCGAAUAUUCUUUACGUUAUCCAGAAGCCCCAUAAAUUAGCAUAUUUGUCGCAGUUCGCGGCGGAUCUCGACGCUUACCGCCCAGAAACGUGUUGUAUUAUAGCGAACUACUUUAGUGCUAAGCAGCAGCACGAAAAAGCAAUCAUGUACUUCCGACGUGCGCUUACUCUCAACAAGACGUGCACCAACGCAUGGACUCUAAUGGGCCACGAGUUUGUGGAAAUGAAAAACUCGCACGCUGCCAUCGAAUGCUACCGCCGUGCGGUAGAUAUCAAUCCCUGCGACUUCAAAGCGUGGUACGGCUUGGGCCAGGCGUACGAGGUCUUGGACCGCCAUCUGUACGCCCUCUACUACCUCCAAAAGGCAUGCUCACUCAAACCCCUAGAUAAGCGCAUGUGGCAGGCGCUAGCAAACUGCUACGACAAGUUAGACAGGCCCAAUCAGGCCAUUAAGUGUUUUCAGCGAGCAUCACAGCUCUCCAACGACCAGGAUAUCACCAUAUUGUAUUAUCUCGCUACUCUGUAUGAGCGAGUCCAGGAUGCCAUCUCGUGCAAGAAUUACAUGUUGAAAUGCAUUGAGGUAGAAAGUGCCAACCAAGGAAUAAUACUGGAUGAAUGUGCCAAGGCGCGCCUCUGGCUAGCUCGCCAUGAGGUAAAGCAUCGGAAUUUCCCCGCCGCAUAUAAUUAUGCAAGUGGUGUCACACACGGCACAUCACAGGAAAUAGAGGCGGCAAGAGUUAUUGCCAGGGAAUGCAGGAAACGAAUGGAAUAUCAAUAG